ACAGAAUUAAGUCUGAGAGGCUUGUGUUUGCCAUUUGUCCUUCUCUACAGUCAAGUCAGAGAAGUACAGGAAUUGCACUGCCCCUGCAGGAAUAUUACUCGUAAGGAUUUACUCGUCUAGACUAUACUCAUCAAUUAUGUUUUCUCUGCGAUCAGUCGUUCUGUGUGCCACACUGCUGCUCACCUUCGCUUCCCAAUUCACAGCGCAUUGCUCCGAAUUGAACAGCACCCAAGCUGACAGUAAUGUAACCUUCUCCGGGGACCACGGAUUUGAUGGAACGGGGAGUGCUGUGGAAGUUAACUGGGAAGAAGAGGAAGAUGAAGAACAUGAGGAUGAUUUCUCUAUCUUGGGAUUUAUAACAGAUGAUUCUAUUCGUGUUGAACCAGUGGUAAAGCCAGAGAAUCCCCCCAAAAAUGGAGAGAAAAAAAACUCAGAAAAGAAAAAGAAGAAGGAAAGAGGGGAUAAGAAAAAAAAGAAGAAGAAGAAUCCCUGCCAAAACACCCAUAAAGAUUAUUGCAUUCACGGUGAAUGUAAAUACUUAGCCAGCUUGCAAGAAGUGACAUGCAAAUGUCAGCCAGAAUACUUUGGUGAACGGUGUAGCGAACAGUCCAUGAAGACACAGACAAAGGAUAACUUAAGCAACAUGUCAACAAUAGCACUAGCAGUUGUAGCAGUCCUGUUGUCAACAAUCAGCAUUACUGCCAUCAUUAUUAUCAUUGUUGUACAUACAAGAAGGAAAUAUGCUUCCUAUCAGUGUGAAGUGGAAGAAAAAAAGAGAUUAGGUCAAGAAAAUGGAAGCGAAGAGAUAGAUGUGUGAAGUGAACAACAAUGGAAAAGAUAUGUUUUCCUGGGAAUAUCACUGCCAAACCUCAUUCAUGUGGAACUGCCUAAAAAGAAAACCUGACUAUUGAAAAUAUUGUUAUAUAUAUUUUUUAUAUGUAAAAUUUAUUUAUUUUUUAUUUAAUUAUUUAAUGUUAUUAUUGAAUUAAAUUUUUUUUAUAUAAA